AUGCAAGAAUUCCUGCAGAUCCUACAUGAGCAGUACCGCACCGAGUACUACGGUCCCUGGCAUACAAGAGAAUGCUACCCAUGGGAGUACGACGUCAAGGCUCAAGAGUGUAUCCAAUUGGCUAGCAAAUCAGACCCUCAAUUCUUCCUACCGCAAGCCAAAAUCCUUCAAGACCGAGCGGCCUACAUACGUCAAGAAUGGGCUAGACUUGAGGCCUUACAAGCCAUUCAGCCAGUCACUCAGCCAGUCACUCAGCCAGCCACUCAGCCAGCCACUCAGCCAGUCACUCAGCCAGUCACUCAGCCAGCCACUCAGCAAGUCACUCAGCCAAUCACUCAGCAAGAGGAGGAACCACUACAGGCAAUUGCGGAGAACACUGCGGAGAACACUGCGGAGAACACUGCGGAGAAACCAAGCGACAACAAGGCCACCACCAUCAAGAACACGGCUCAGCUCUCCAAGAUCCCACGCGCAGGCCUACUCUCCACGAUCCCACGUCAGAUCGCCACUCAGCAAGCGGAGAAUGACACUACAAUUUGGCCUGCUAUCUCUGCGUGCCUCGGCGAUAUCGUAUGGAUGUGGUAUAUCAUUGAGUUGACGAUACAAGAGAAGGAUCUACUGCGACGGUCACAACCAAGUCACUAUGGCCCACUAUCAUUGAGGAGGAAGAUCGGACGAUGCAUAUUUGGACGAAUUGAAACCGUCCGAUGUCUUGCUCCGAGAUUUCGUGGGAUGCACACCACUAAUUAG